AUGGCACCAAAGCAUGGCUUUUCUGGAAAGAAUGGUAUCGAGCUCUCAAUUGAGGACUUUUUGGCCUUUGAGGAUGUGGCUGUGAAGUUCAGCCAGGAAGAGUGGGUUUUGCUGGAUCCUUCUCAGAAGAAGCUCUACAGAGAUGUGAUGCUGGAAACUUGCAGUAACCUUACUUCUGUAGGUUCAUUUGGAAUACAGGAACAAAGUCACAGUGGUGAAAAAUCGUAUAAGCAAAUUGGAAUGGCCUUUGCCUGCCCCUGUUCUGUAGACGGAAGAGCCAGCACUGAAGACAAACAUGCAUGCAAACAGUGCAGUAAAGCUCUCAGCUCUUCCAGUGCUCUUCAGAGUCAUGAAAGAGUUCAUACUGGAGAAAAACCCUAUGAAUGUGAACAAUGUGGGAAAUCCUUUAGACAACAAAGCUCAUUUCAGUUACACAAAUUGACUCAUAUUGGAGGGAAACCCUAUGAAUGUAAGCACUGUGGGAAAGUCUUCAGAUGCCACAGUUACCUUCGGUUACACGAAAAUUUUCAAAUUGAAGAAACCCCCUAUGAGUGUAAACAAUGUGGAAAAACCUUCUGCUCUGCCAGGUCCCUUCGAGUUCAUGAAAGGAUUCACAGUGGAGAAAAACUUUAUGUAUGUAAACUGUGUGGUAAGAAUUUCAAAUGUCAAAGUUACCUUCAAAUACAUAAAAGAACUCACAUUGGAGAAAAGUACUCUGCCUGUAAACAGUAUGGUAUAGCUUUCAGAAGUCACUGUUACUUUCAAAGGCAUGAAAUAGCUCAUCCUGGGAAAAAACCUUAUGCAUGUAAACUGUGUAGUAAAUCAUUCACUUACCUAUAUUUACUUCAGACACAUGAGAGAUUUCACACUGGAGAGAAACCGUAUAAAUGUGAGAUAUGUACUAAAGCCUUUCAUUGCUCCCUUUUUCUUCAAAGGCACGAAAGAUCUCAUUCUUGGGGGAAAACCUAUAAAUGUAAACAAUGUGGUAAAGCCUUCAGAAGUCGCAGUUCCCUUCGGUUGCAUGCAAGGGCUCAUGUUGUAGAGGAACCUUACGAAUGUAACAUAUGUAGUAAAGCCUUUCUAUGUCCUCCUCUUCUUCAAAGACACGAAAGCAUGCACACUGAGGAAAAGCCCUUUGAAUGUAUGCAAUGUAAUAAAACCUUCAGAGAUUGGAGUACCUUCCAAGUUCAUGAACGAUCUCAUACUGUAGAAAAGCCCUAUAAAUGUAAGAUGUGUAGUAAAGCCUUUUUUUAUCUCUCUUCCCUGGAAAGGCAUGAAAAGAUUCAUACCGGAGGAAAACGAUACGCAUGUAAAUAUGUAUGUGAACAGUGUGGCCAGUCCUUCAUCUUUCCUAGUUUGCUUGAGAAGCAUGUAAGAAUUCACACCAAUGAAAAACUCUAUGAAUGUAAACAGUGUGGUAAAGCAUUUAGGAGUCUUGCUUAUGUUCAUAUACAUAAACGAGCUCACACUGAAGAAAGGCUGUAUGCAUGUAAACAACGUGGUAAAAGUCUCAGUUGUCCCAGUGCUCUUCAGUUACAUGAACUAGCUCACACUGGAGGAAAACCCUAUGCAUGUCAGCAAUUUGAUAAGACUGUCAGAAGAUUCAGUUAUUUUCAAGUACAUGAAGGGGCCCAUACUGAUGAAAAAGCUUACGAAUGUAAGCAAUGUGGUAAAAUUCUCAGUUCGUCAAGUUCGCUUCAGCUACACAAAAGAACCCAUACUGGAGAGAAACCAUAUGAAUGUAAACAGUGCGGAAAAGCCUUCACAGUUCUCAGUAGUCUUCAAGUUCAUGAAAUGUCUCACACUCAUGAGAAGCCCUAUGAAGGCAAGCAACCUGGUAAAGUGUUCAGUCUGAGUAAUCCUAUACAGGAAAGAAAGAAAGUUGAAGGAAAUCUCUGUGAAUGUACACAGUGUGGUAAGUCCUUUGUUUCUCGGUAUUUACUUCAAAUGCAUGAGAGGUCUCAUUCUGCAGAGAAACGCUAUGAAUGUAAGGUAUGUAGUAAGACCUUCAUUUAUCCCUCUUUUCUUCAAAGACAUGAAAGAACGCAUACUGGAGAAAAACCUUAUGAAUGUAAACAGUGUGGUAAGGCCUUCAGAGUUCAGAGCUCUCUACGAUUACAUGAAAGAACUCAUUCUGAGGAAAAGCCUUAUGAAUGUACACACUGUGGUAAAGCAUUCUGGCGUUUCCCUUCUCUUCAAGUACAUGAAAGAAUCCAUACUGGAGAAAAACCCUUUGAGUGUAAACAAUGUGAUAAAACCUUCAGAUGUCACAGUUCUCUUCAAAGACAUGAAAGAACUCAUAGUCACGAAAAACCAUAUGAAUGCGAAGAGUGUGGAAAGGCCUUUAGAUGUCACCGGUCCCUUCAAAGACAUGGAAAAACUCAUUCUGGAGGAAAAGCCCCAUGAAUCUGGACAGUGAGCCAAAAUUUUUAGACUUUAUAGUUUCUAAUGUUUGAAAAUAUUCCUGGGAAGAAAAUCUGGCGGCAUAAAACAUGUGAAAGCUACAGGGUUUUGUUUUGGUUUUGCUUUGUUUUGGUCAAAGACUUACUAAAGAAAGACUUGUCAGUAAUUGGUGUUAAGAGGUUCAGUUCCAUGUCUGGCAUGGUGGUGCAUUCCUUUAAUCCCAGCACUGGGGAGGCAGAAGUGGGCAGAUCUCUGGAGUUCAAGGCCAGACUUGUCUACAGAGUGAAUUACAGGACAGCCAGGGCUACACAGAAGCCAUGUCUAGAACAGCAAAAUGUUCAAUUCUAUUUGAAGACUUGAACAUCUCUGGUGUAACACCUUCAGAAUGAAUAUGAUGUGAGGAUACCUAAGUUUUCAUAAUCCUCUUGAGUAUACACAUGAUAAUGCAUAUAGUUUAAAAAGUAAUGUUUGUAAAAUUGUAAUUGCAGUAAAAGUCAUGAAGUCUAUUGGAAGGAUAUCUUAGGUAUUUUGAAUUCCUGGUGCAAAUUAACCUACAGUGCUCAGACUUUUAUAACAUGAAUGUAUUCCUAUAUAGGCUAUGAAUAUAUUGUGUUUGCUGGUGAUUUGUAUUUAAUAGUGAUCAUAGAAGGGCUUGGUGGUAUAGGCUUGUG